CAGAAGCGGCCCCAGAGAGCCGCUGUACCCGGAUCACAUUGAACACACAGCAUCCUCCGCUGGCUGUAAGAACACAUCCUUUGAUACACAACAUUACAAAUGGGGCGCAGAAAGUCAAAGAGGAAGCCCCCUCCCAAGAAAAAGAUGACGGGUAACCUGGACGUCCAGUUCACUUGCCCCUUCUGUAAUCAUGAGAAAUCCUGCGAUGUCAAAAUGGAGCGAACCCGCAACACAGGGAUUAUUUCGUGCAGUGUUUGCUUGGAGGAGUUCCAGACUCCUAUAACCUAUCUGUCCGAACCAGUGGAUGUUUACAGUGAUUGGAUCGAUGCCUGUGAAGCAGCCAAUCAAUAGUCAUGUUUUCCUGUGACUCACCUUUUCUCUAACCUCACUCACUUACAUUUCGCCCCUUUGAUCGGUCCCCUGAAUUAGGUCCUGUUCAGCUAGCACAAUGUAGCAAAACAUUAACAAACGUUAGAAGCGUUAUAGGUUUUUACCGUACGUAUGUGACACGCUUAGUCUGACUUUACUACAGUGUGGCUUGCUGAGCAUGACACGCUCCUCUGGCUGGACCAGAGGGUCAGUAUGUUGUUUGCCUACAUCACAGUUCUCAGUGUAUACUUUAUCAGUAUAAUCAGUAUAAUCAGUGAUUAGUUUAUGAUUAAUGGUUUGGUUUUAAGAUCAGAUCAUGAUGUUUUCCCUUUAUUUGGACAAAUUUAUCUUAUAAAUUGUUUAAAAUAUCUGAUUUCCACUGUGUCAAACAUUCCAUGUGCUCCUUUGGUAUUUUUUGUGAUUUAUGGAUGAAGAAAAUAUGAUAAUCCUCUUUUGUUUUUUAUUAGGUUGUUGCAGAGUUGUAUUUAGUAGAUUAUAAUGACACAAACAUGUUACUUUUGUGGAAGGAGUAAUAGUUUUUUUGGUUUUCAACCCCAUCUUUAAUGCACUGAAACAUUUUAUUGGUUGACAAUUUAUUUUGAACUGCCAAAUCUUUUCAAAUCUUGUGUUUUUAGGCCAGUAUAUAUUUGUACUGUUAGAUUUGUAUUUUUCUUUUUUUAAAAACACAAUCAUGUAAUUUCUAUUACACAACUUCUGUGUAUUUCACACCUACUGUGUAUUUUUAGGUAAUGACUGUACUGAGAAAAUUAAAUCCGAAACCACA